UUUUUUUACAGAAGUUGAAAUAUUUUUUGCAGCAAGUUAAAUGUUUGGACGUUUUUUCAUCAUCAUGAAAUAUUUAUGCAGUUGACCCCUCAGGACCACCGUAGCAUUCUGCCUCUUGUUUUCUUUUCUUUUUUUAAAUUAUAAUAAUUAUUUGCUCUAUUUUAGUUUAUCAGUUUUCUUACAAAGUAAACAGUUUGAAGUUCAUCCUCCAGAUCAGCAGGUGGCGGUAGUGUAUCUGAAAACUAUUGACCAAUCCUAUAAAAAAAAAUGAAGAAGGGCUUCUUGUAGUUGUCCUCUCCAUUUCACUGCUGAACAUUUAAGUCACAUAAGUUUGCAGCUUUGCGCGAAACGAAAACAAAAGCCAGCUCAACUCUUUACAUAAAGAUCUCAUUUGGAUUAAUUUUCAACGCGGACACAAAAACAUUCACCUCAGCAGAACUGUCAUGCUGCACACAGGUGAGAGACACAACUUGGAAAAAAUGAAACUUCACCACUUCACACUUACAGAUCACUCCGCGUCAGCUCGAUGACAGAUUGAAGUCUGAACUCUUCACAUAAAGAAGAGAUGUCCUCUCAGGUCAGACUGAGGCUGCUGCCGAGCGCCAGGUGUUUGUUCGACGAGCCCGUUCAGGUGAAGGUGGCCGGGCUGAGGUCCAGACAGGUGGUCACCGUGAGAGCCAGAUCCACUGACGAGAGGGGGAUGGUCUUCAGCUCCUCAGCGACCUACAAGGCUGAUGGGAGCGGAGAGAUCCGCCUGGACAGGGACCCGUCGCUCAGCGGGAGCUACGUCGGGGUUGAACCCAUGGGUCUGCUGUGGUCCAUGAAGGCAGACCGUUUGCACAAAAGGUUUCAAAAGAACAAUUCACUGAAUCCUCACGUGGUGAAGUUUUCCGUUGAGGAGGGAGAGGGCCGGACUCUGGCAGAGGAAACCAACGAGAGACUUCUUAUAGGAGACGGGGUCGGCAGGAUCCCCGUCAGAGAGGGGAAUGUUCGGGGAGUCUUGUUUACACCCCCAGGUGAAGGUCCGUUCCCCGCUGUGUUGGAUCUGUACACGUUUGGUGGAGGUUUGUCAGAGAAGAGAGCCUCUCUGCUGGCGAACAAAGGGUUUGUGGUUCUGACCGUCGCCCUGUACGGCCAUGACGACAUGCCAAAAGACAUUAAAGAGAUUCACCUGGAUUAUUUUGAAGAAGCGAUUGAGUUCUUAAGGAAACACGACAAGGUGGGCGGUAAAGGAAUUGGUAUCAUCUCUCUUUCAAAAAGUGGAGACCUUGCACUUUCAGCAGCUACUUACCUCUCAGGUGUUGAGGCCACGGUGUGGAUCAAUGGCCACUCUGCAAAUACAAUCUUCCCUCUCUACUACAAGAAGAGCCUUCUUCACCCUGCUUUACUGUUCGAUACAGGCAGGAUAAUACCUUCUGAAUCGGGGGCCAGCAUUGGCAAGUAUGCGAUGAAUAAUCCCCUACUAGAAGAGAACAAAGCUUCUCUGAUUCCCAUCGAGAAGGCAAAGGGACCGUUCCUCUUUCUUACUUCAGAGGAAGACAUGAACUGGGACAGCAAGACUUGUAUGGACAUGAUGGUGGAAAGACUGAAGCAUCAUGGGAAGGACAACUUUGAGAGCAUUUGUUACCCUCGAGCUGGGCACUACCUGGAGCCCCCUUAUGGACCGUACUGCCCCUCCAGUUUUCAUGGGCUUUGGGGUCAGCGUAUCCAGUGGGGCGGUGAGGCCGGGUCCCAUGCAGCCGCUGAGGUCCACAUGUGGAAGAAGGUCCAGGAGUUCUUCAGGACUCACCUGAGCUGUGAUGAAGAGAUGAAUAACAACAGCUUUGCUUCAAGUUAACUAAAAAAUAUGUAGACGAUGUACCAAGUGAAUGAUUUAAUGUUUGAUUGAUCAUUAAAUAUGUCAUGAAUGA